AUGCAGGGAGUAAAUCUCAUUGAGGAAAAAAAGGUUAAGCAUCGUACACGAGAAUCUGAAGAGAAAUCGGAAGUAAAAGAAGAACCGACAGACAGAAGGCCGGAUAAGGGAGAGGAGCAUUUUGACAAAGAAGAAGAAAAAAUACUGAAAGAAUUCGACUUUUACCACGGUUUUCUUCCACGCGAGGACUUAUUCUUAUUAGUCAGACAUGUGGGCGACUAUUUGCUGCGUGUGAGUGAGGUAAGAGCUUCUGCUUUCCACAUAGAGCUUGGUGUUGGACAAAAGCGGACUUGAGA